CUGGCUUGUCCCGAGCGCGGGAAAUAAGUUUUCCCAACAAUCCGGCCCCGCCGCCGCCUCCUUUUUUACACCACAACUACCUGAGGUCCCCGAAUCAAGCGAGUGGAAGAGAAGCUCAAGCCGCCGCCAUGUCCGAGGCUUAUUUCCGGGUGGAAUCGGGCGCGCUGGGGCCGGAGGAGAAUUUUCUGUCCUUGGAUGACAUCCUAAUGUCCCACGAGAAGCUCCCGGUGCGCACGGAGAUCGCCAUACCUCGCCUGGGCUCCUUCUUCCUGGAACGCAGCGCAGCAGCCGACACUGACAACGCGGUCCCCCAGGGCUCAAAGCUCGAACUCCCCUUGUGGCUGGCAAAAGGACUUUUUGACAACAAGCGUCGGAUCCUUUCUGUGGAACUUCCCAAGAUCUACCAAGAGGGCUGGCGGACUGUGUUCAGUGCGGAUGCCAAUGUGGUGGACCUCCACAAAAUGGGGCCACAUUUCUAUGGGUUUGGCUCCCAGCUCCUGCAUUUUGACAGUCCCGAGACCACAGAUAUUUCCCAGUCUCUACUACAGACUUUCAUUGGACGUUUUCGGCGCAUCAUGGACUCUUCCCAGAAUGCUUACAAUGAAGACACUUCAGCACUGGUAGCCCGGCUAGACGAGAUGGAGAGGGGCUUAUUUCAAACAGGGCAGAAAGGACUGAAUGACUUUCAGAGUUGGGAGAAAGGGCAGGCCUCUCAGAUCACAGCUUCCAGCCUCGUUCAGAACUACAAGAAGAGAAAAUUCAUGGUCAUGGAAGACUGAAGGCAGAAGAAUACGGAAUUGUUCCUUGUAAACUCGUGUGUCCUUGAUAAGAGCUGUUGACCUUACACAGGACCAGACUCAUGUCCCAUAUCAUGGCUUAUGUCCUGUAGCAGUCUCAGGAAUGGUACCAUGUGGUUGCGAAUGGACAUGCUGCAGGAUGUCCCUGGCCCUGCGAGUUUUCUAGGGCUAUCCUGCUCUGCUGACCCUCAGCCCUGGCCUUUU